UAACAACCAGCACGCCUCGUGCUCGUCUCUCCUAACAACCAGCCAGUCAGCCCGCUCCGUGCCUCCUCAGGCCGUCUGACACGCAGCGUCCUGGGGUAAAAAGUUGCCUGAAAUAUCGGCACAAACCCUCUGGAACCUCCAUGGAACCGAACUCAGAGUGAGCCGAGGCAGCCGCCAUGAACGACCGGUACCACCGGGCGGCCCGGGACGGCUACCUGGACGUGCUGAAGGAGGCCACACGGAAGGACCUGAACGCCCCGGAUGAGGAUGGGAUGACACCGACCUUAUGGGCCGCUUACCACGGCAACCUGGAGGCUCUGAGGCUCAUCGUGGGCAGAGGAGGUGACCCGGACAAAUGUGACAUCUGGGGGAACACCCCUCUCCACCUGGCUGCUGCCAACGGCCACCACAACUGCCUCUCCUUCCUGGUGGCUUUCGGUGCCAAUGUGUGGUGUCUGGACAACGACUACCACACACCGCUGGACAUGGCUGCCACCAAGGGGCACAUGGACUGUGUUCGAUACCUGGACUCCAUCGCCGCUAAGCAGAUCACGCUAAACCCAAAGCUGGUGGGCAAACUAAAGGACCGGGCGUUUCGAGCGGCAGAGCGCCGGAUCAAGGAGUGCGCCAAGAUGCAGAAGAAGCACCGAGAACGGAUGGAGAGGAGGUUUAUGAAGGAGUCUGCAGCUUUGGACAACCUGGAUGCUAUCAGCUUCUCCAGCUACACUAGUGGCAGCACACUGAGCCGCAAGUUCAACACGGUCACCUCCAACAUGCCGUACUCACAGGCCACUCUUCACUCCACGUCCAAGGGGAAGGCUAAGAUCCAGAAGAAGCUGGAGAAGAAGAAGCAGGUCGAUGGGACGUUCAAGAUCUACGAGGACGGCAGGAAAAGUGUGCGCUCGCUGUCCGGCCUGCAGCUCAGCAAUGACGUCAUGUUCCUCAAACAGGGCACGUACACCAACCCAAAGGAGCGGUCACGUCUGAACAUCCGGGACAUGUUCUCUCGGGAUAACGAUGAUGACGCGGACACUGUUUCACGUGCUUUGAGCGACCCUGGUCUGUAUGACGCUGCUUAUUCAGAGAUCAGCGCUGACUCUGGACGUGACUCUCUGUUCACCCGGCCGGGGCUCGGCACCAUGGUGUUCAGGAGGAACUAUAUGACCGGAGGCAUGUUUGGACUUGGAGGUGAAGGGAGCGUAGCAGGAAGUGAACCUGUGGGACGGGCGCCAAAUGUCCGCCUACGGGGACAUCUCCCUCGACGCUCGCCUAGCUUUGAUGAGGACAGUAUUGGCAGCGCUCUGAGCCUUCAGGAGAGGAACCUCCAGGAGCUGCCGUGGGAGGACACUGAGGUUGGGCUGGAUGAGGACUUUGAGCCAGAGAACAGUCCUCUGGAGACGUUCCUGGCCUCUCAAAGCCUCAGCGAGUUUAUGCAGAUCUUCAGGAGAGAGAAGAUAGACCUGGAGGCUCUGCUGCUUUGUUCGGAUCAGGACCUCACCAGCAUUCACAUCCCGCUUGGUCCAAGGAAGAAACUUCUGGAUGCCUGCAAGAGACGUUUGGAAACGUUAGACGAACCAGAGGCCAUUGAAGACACAGAACUUUGAAGUACAGCAUGAGGACAAAAAGGAAUUUGGACAUGCAGCUAAAACAUGGAGAAGAAGUAAAAAAGACAUUUCGAGGAGAAGUUUUGCCACAAACAAUGAACAAACACACACUAAUGGAGUCUGUGUUGUGCUUUAAACUGUAACUGAUAAUGUAACACCUCCUACCCCUACACUCUGUAUUAAUUCAUGAAUCUAUGAAUUUUUUUGUUUAUACGUUAUUUAUAAGCUGCUGUACCCAUUCUUUUACAUAUAUUGUUUAUUAUUUAUCAUCAUUGUACAGUUUUCUUACAUUAAAUGUUAUAUUUCUC